AUGGGAAGAACGCGACCACCCUCGACGCGGCGUGUCAAGACUUCAAAAUUGCGACCCGGACGUCCACCGCUUCUGUCGACCAACGACAAAGCCACAACAGCAAGCGGAGGAACAAGACCACAUCAGCACCAGUCUCAAUCGCACUCCCAAUCAUCCCGACACACGCGAAGCAUCAUCCGCGCACACCAUGUUCUUCAGAAGCAGCUGGCGCGUGCGAAAGCUUCCGACGACGAGACGCAAAUCGCCGAACUGGAGCGUCAACUCGCCGAGGCCGGCGGCCUGAGGACGUACCAGCUGGCCAGCACGGUCGGGCAGAGCGCCAGCCGCGGAGGAGACUCCAGCCGCGUGCUGGUCGAGUGGAUGCGCGACGAGAUCGAGCCUCGCCGACAGAGCCUUAAGGCGAAAGCGAAAGAGAAAAAGGGUGGUGAGCCGCAACGAAUCGAUCCACUCCACAUCCUCGAAGUCGGAGCGCUCAGCACGCAGAACGCGCUCAACAUCCCGGGCGUGACGAGCGUCCGACGCAUCGACCUGCGCUCCUCUGGCGUCGGAAUCGAAGAGUGUGAUUUCAUGGACUUUCCGACGCCGAGCGCGGCGGACGGGUCGGGCGAGUGGCUGGGUCGGCGCGGCUACGACGUGCUGAGUCUCAGCCUUGUGUUGAACUAUGUUCCGGACGCCAAAGGUCGCGGGGAUAUGUUGAGAAGGACGACCGAGUUUCUGAGUGAACGGCCUACAAGGUCUACGAAAGAGGCAGAUGAGCAAGCUGAGGCCGAAGUGGUCAACCAACCACUGGUUCCAUCGCUCUUUCUUGUCCUCCCGGCCCCUUGCUUGCACAAUUCCCGAUAUCUGACGCCCAGGUACCUCGAAUUGAUCAUGUCAUCCUUGGGGUAUUCUCUCGCGAACCAUAAAACCACACAGAAGCUGUACUAUAGCCUGUGGCACUACGAUUUCACGAAACGAGAGGAGUCGCGCAAUCAAUGGCGGCGGACACCAUUUCCGAAGAAAGAAAUCAACCCUGGAGGAGGCAGGAAUAACUUCUGUAUUGUUGUCGAUCAUGAUGCGUAG